AUGCCUCCGGAACGUGCCAAUGUGCCCGUGAAGCUAUCGCUACCUUUGCAAUACCAACAGGACAUCUUCACCGAACUCCGCGCCGAGGACGAGCUAGUGGUCCUUGCCCGCGGCCUGGGCCUUCUGCAGCUGGUAACGAACUUCCUCCAUUUCCACGAUGUGGCCGGAAACAAUUUAGUGUUGGUUGUGGGCGCGGAUGAAAGAGAGAAUGAGUGGAUCGGAGAGGCAUUGUCGGAGCAUAAUGAUCGUAGUAAAUCCCCAUUGGCCAGGGGGUUGAGGAUUAUCAAUACUGAGAAGGCGACGGUGCCUGUGCGCGAAGGGAUCUACUCCCGAGGCGGUAUUCUGAGUGUGACAUCCAGAAUACUGGUUACCGAUUUGCUUUCGAAAUUGCUGGACCCGGAAAAGGUGACAGGCAUGAUAAUUCUACAUGCUGAUCGAGUCAUUGCGACAUCGCUGGAAGCGUUCAUCGUGCGCAUCUACCGGCAAUCGAAUAAGAGGGGAUUCUUGAAGGCAUUCUCGGAAUCCCCAGAACCGUUUACCACUGGAUUCGCACCGCUGGCUAAUAUGCUGGGUAACCUUUUUCUUCAGAAGGCGUCUUUGUGGCCUAGAUUCCAUGUGACUGUUUCCGAGGCAUUGGAGGGAGAUCGCAAAGCUGAGGUCAUUGAACUCGAAGUUCCGAUGAGUUCCAAGAUGCGCGAUAUACAAAAUGCUGUGCUUGAGUGUGUUGAACUAAGCGUUGCCGAGUUGCGCAAAAGCAAUACAGGUCUAGAUAUGGAGCAAUGGACAAUAGACAGCGCUCUGCACAGAAACUUUGCACCUGCAAUUAGGCGUCAGUUGCAAACUAUCUGGCAUCGAGUAACCCCUCGCACGAAGCAAAUCGUCAGUGAUCUGGAGGCUCUUCAAUCUAUUCUACAUGCUCUGCUGACAUACGACUCGGUGGCUUUUGUAAAAUUCCUUGAUACAAUUGCUGCAGCGAAUGCACCACCCCCUGGAGCUAACUCAUACAACCACUCACCCUGGCUCUUUCUUGAUGCUGCUCAUGUCCUUUUCCAAACCGCAAAAUCACGGGCAUACGAGGGAAAAUUUGAUGCCACGUCGUUGGCCACAUUCUCUGCGGCAUUGCAGCCCGUCCUUGAGCCUCUGCCUAAAUGGGACGUACUGGCAGAAAUUCUGCAAGAGAUCGAACAUGAUGCCUACCUGCACCCUGUCAAUGCUGACGAAUCUAAUGGCACGAUAUUGAUCAUGUGCAGUGAAUUAAAGACGUGUCAUCAGCUUCGUGAAUUCAUUGACACUAUGCAUACUAAAAUUGGCCAAGUAUCAACCAAAAGUGAUGAGGACGAAGAUAAACUGGAUGAGGAAAGACCUUCUGGAGAAGUCAUGAUGAGACGACACUUGCGCAGCUAUCUCAAUUGGAAGAGAUCUCUUUCCAAUGUAAACAAGAAUUUAUCUGGGACUGGAGAUGAGUCGGCCAGUGGGUCAGCCAGCCCGGCUCAAAGACAGUCAGGGAGAGCACCUCCUAACAAACGUCGAAGAGUUCGAGGUGGAGGAGCAGUGAACUCCGCAGCUGCACGGGUACCGCAUGCCAGUGUUCAAACAGAAGUUGAACAGCCGACAGAAGUUGUCAACCUGCUGAAUGAAAUCCAGCCUACUGAGAUUGAGGAAGCACAAAAGAUGGAAAUUGAGAUCGAUGACCUUGAAGAUAUGGAAGACUAUUACGAGUUUUACGACAUCAACGAUCUUGUGAUUGUUCAUCCAUAUGAUGGUGAUAUGGAUGAGCGCAUUCUAGAGGAAGUCCGACCACGGUACAUCAUUAUGUAUGAACCUGACACUGCAUUCAUUCGUCGGGUUGAGGUUUACCGUAGCUCCCAUUCAGGGAGAAACGUGAAAGUGUACUUCAUGUACUAUGGAGGGUCAGUCGAGGAGCAACGAUACUUGAGUGCCGUACGUCGUGAGAAAGAAUCAUUUACUAAGUUGAUCAAGGAGAAGGGUAGCAUGGCCAUGACUUUGACUCACGAUAAGAGUGCCGAAGAUCCACAAGAACAAUUUCUCCGCACUGUGAAUACGCGUAUCGCAGGAGGUGGAAGGCUGGCAGCUACUGCAUCUCCGCCGCAAGUUGUGGUAGAUAUUCGCGAAUUCCGCAGUGCCCUCCCCUCGUUAUUACACGGAAACAACAUGGUAGUCAUCCCCGUCCAAUUGACAGUGGGUGAUUAUGUCCUCACGCCGGAUAUUUGUGUGGAGCGAAAAUCCAUUCAAGAUCUCAUGCAGUCUAUGCGAAAUGGUCGUUUGUAUAAUCAAGCGGAAACAAUGCUCCAGUACUACAAGAACCCGCUUCUCCUCAUCGAAUUUGACCAGAACAAAGCAUUCACUUUCGACGCGUUCGCUAGUACUGGCAAUAUAAGAACUGAAUCAGGAUUCUCCUCAACUGGUGCAGCGACUAGCUCCAGUAGCAGUUCCAUCGCAAACUCAUCGAAUCCUAAAGGUGCUCAGCAUUUACUUGUCCUCCUCACUCUAGCGUUCCCACGACUGAAAAUCAUCUGGUCAUCGUCUCCCUAUCAAACCGCAGAAAUAUUUGCAGAGCUUAAAAAGAACGCUUCAGAGCCAGAUCCACUUCGGGCGGUACAAUUUGGCCUGGAUGAGGAUAUCAUUGAUUUGGGAGGAUCUGGGAAUAUCAUGUCUGCGACUGGCAUUGAGCAGCGUAUUUUCAACCAGCUGCCCCAGGAUAUGCUACGAGCUGUACCUGGUGUGACGCCUCAAGCCCUUGAACGUCUGAUCUUGGAAACGGAUAAUAUCAGCGAGAUAGCCAAUAUGGAAGUGGAGCAGCUGGAUCCAUUGGUUGGGCAAGAGGCUGCUCGGAGGAUUGUUGCUUUUUUUCGAAAGAGCGUUUUUGACUAG